UUUAAUGUUUUUUUUCUUUCUAAAAUAUGUACUAUCAAGACGAUGUAUUCUAUGCUGGCCGUCCCUCCCUCCCUCAAAACAAAAACUUAAAAGUCUCCUGUUUAUUGUUUUCCCUUUCUUUCAACAAUCGCGCUCGGUCUCGGUGAGGCCAAAGCCACUGCUUCCUCUUCCUAUUCUCUACUCAUUCUUUCUUUCUCUUUAACAACCCUAAACUCUUUCCUCUCUCACUCUACUCUCCCGCCGCUCCGGUUGGGUCUUCUUGCCAUUUCACUUUUUCUCAUACAUCCACCCUUCAUCGCUAUCAGUUCAGAUAAACCUUCAAUUGUGUCAAAGUUCCAAUGGAUUUUGUUGAAUCCAUACUUGACAUUCAAAUUCAAGACCCCCCAGAGGAGGAUUUCUCUUCUGCUGACCUGACUUGGACCAAAUUAGGAACUUCUGAGCACCAUGAUGUCGUGGCCCUUAUUCCUUAUGAACGUGUUGAUGACUUCAUUAUUGGUGAAUGCUCUAAUAUAGAAUGCCCUACUCGAUUUCAUAUUGAAAGGGGCAGAAAACGCUCCAUGGGCAGCUUGAAGGAAUACAAAGAAGACGAGUAUUUGGAAUACAGAUUGUAUUGGUGUUCCUUUGGUCCUGAGAAUUAUGGUGAAGGUGGCAGUAUAUUGCCUAGCAGAAGAUAUCGUCUUAAUACCAGAAAUCGUGCUGCUAGACCUCAGUCAAUGCGAGGCUGUACGUGCAAUUUUGUAGUGAAGAGGCUAUAUGCUCGUCCUUCGCUUGCACUUAUAAUAUAUCAUGAGAGGCGUCAUGUAAAUAAAUCUGGUUUUGUUUGCCAUGGACCACUUGACAGAGAUGCCAUUGGACCUGGAGCCAAGAAAGUUCCAUAUAUUUGUAAUGAGAUUCAGCAGCAAACUAUGUCAAUGAUCUACCUUGGAAUUCCUGAAGAGAAUGUUUUAGAGAAGCACAUUGAGGGUAUUCAACGAUAUUGUGGUUCAAAUGCAAGAGUCAAUAGUCUUGCUUCCCAGUAUGUCCACAAAAUGGGGAUGAUAAUAAAAAGAUCAACCCAUGAAUUGGAUCUGGAUGAUCAAGCAAGUAUUCGCAUGUGGGUUCAACGAAAUAACAAGAAAUCCAUAUUCUUUUAUCAGGAUUCUUCCGAAACAGAUUCUUUUAUUCUGGGUAUUCAAACUGAAUGGCAGUUACAACAGAUGAUUCGUUUUGGUCAUCACAGUCUCAUUGCAGCUGAUUCAACAUUUGGCAUAAAGAGUCUUAAGUAUCCUUUGUGCACACUUCUUGUGUUUGAUUCGAGACAACAUGCACUACCUGUUGCGUGGGUCAUCACACCUAGCUCUGCAAAGCCAGAUGUAACCAAAUGGAUGAAAGCCCUGCUUGAUCGAGCUCGUAGUGUUGAGCCUGGAUGGAAGAUCAGUGGUUUCUUAAUUGACGAUGCUGCUACAGAGAUUGAUCCUAUCAGGGAUAUAUUUUGCUGUCCUGUCCUAUUCUCUCUCUGGAGAAUUCGUAGAUCAUGGCUGAGGAAUGUUGUAAAGAAAUGUAGUAACAUUGAAGUUCAGAGGGAAAUUUUUAAACGUUUGGGUAAAAUAGUUUACAGCAUUUGGGGAGGAGUUGAUACCUCCCGCGCCUUGGAAGAACUAACGGAGGAUUUUGUUGAUCAAACUGCUUUCAUGGAAUAUUUUAGAGGAUCAUGGGUUCCUAAAAUUGAAAUGUGGCUUUCAACUAUGAAAAGUCUUCCACUUGCGAGCCAAGAAGCAUCUGGUGCCAUUGAAGCCUACCAUGUGAAACUUAAGAUGAAACUGUUUGAUGAUUCGCAUCUUGGAGCACUACGGAGGGUUGAUUGGUUAGUACACAAGUUGACAACUGAGUUGCAUUCGAGCUACUGGCUUGACCGCUAUGCAGAUGAGUCUGAUUCUUUUCAAAAUGUUAAGGAGGAAUAUGUUGCGUCAACAUCUUGGCACAGGGCAUUGCAAAUUCCCGAUUCUGCUGUCACUAUGGAUGACAAGGACAAUCUCUUUGCCAAGGUUCUGAGCCAAAAGGAUGGUAAUAUUACACGUCUUGUAUGGAAUCCUGGAUCUGAAUUCGCCUUUUGUGAUUGUGCAUGGUCAAUCCGAGGAAACCUUUGCAAACAUGUCAUUAAGGUUAAUAUGAUAUGUGAAAGCAAACAAGAUUCUCAACCUUCCAUGUCGUUUCAGUCAUUCAAAGAAAUACUACUCAAUCUGUGGAGGAAACCAAUCGAUGAUUCUGUUGGACUGGACCAGUCCAUGGCCUGGAGUUGUCAGAUGCUUGAUCAAAUUCAAAAGCUUGUUGAAUUGAACGGUUCUAAAGAUAUUGCCACCAUAGUAAAUGAUCUGCCAUUGAGAUGGAUUUCUAAGCAAAGUAGAACACAUGUUGGUAAGCCAUCGCCUGUGCCAGCCCAUCCAUCUUGUUCUGAUAGUCCAAAGAAUGUUCCAGCAAGGAAGAACAAGAAGCGAAGAAGAUUGUCCAGUUUAAGAUAAUAAAUCAUCCUGCACAUGCAAAGUGUGUUCGCACUUUUCUUUUUGAAAUUGUUCACUAAUAGACCACACAUCUAAUUUGAUCGGUACAGAUUUCCCCGUUCCUUGAGCCUGAACUAACUGUGACUAACAAGGAUUAGGACCUGCCAUUGAACUUCUGUGUUGUUGAAUGAAGAUUCUGGGAGCUACAGAGUUUUAUCAGAUGCUAGUUAAUUUGUGCAACCUUGCUUGGGAACAGUUUGAGGCUUACUGUGCAAGAGAAGGUACUUACAUGAAAUGCUUCUGAUAUAUGAAGGCAUUCCAAGACUUUUGUCUAUUAUGAUAUUUUCACAUUUUGUAUUCAUCUUUACAUGUGUUCGUUUAGAGAGAAAUUUAGUAGGAAAUUAUAUUAACAAUGAUAGUUGGUGAUAUUUAUUCACCUGAGAAAAUGUAAAUAAACUUUUGAAGUUUAUAUAAUAACUAAUAAUGUCAAAACUAGACAUGAUUUUGCACUGCAA